CUCGGCUGUCUCCCCGGAGUCGCGGUCGCCAUGUCCAAAUCUGUACUCAAGGCUCAAGCACAGGUGGUGCGUAUUCUUGUAGGGGCCGGAAAGGCUGCACCUACUCCUCCGAUUGGUCCUGCAUUGGGAGCUCGUGGCGUGAAGUCCAUGGACUUUUGCAAGGAGUUCAACGCUCGCACAGCGCACAUCGAACCCGGCACUCCAGUUCCGACCCUCAUCACGAUUCAACCUGACCGGACCUUCACAUUUAUGACGAAGACGCCGCCCACGGCUUAUUUCCUCAAGAAAGCUGCUGGCAUUGAGAAAGGCACUGGGCGGCCUGGUCAUGAGACUGUCGGGACAGUGAGCCUAAAGCACGUGUAUGAAAUUGCCAAAAUCAAGGCGACAGAUGAGCAUCUCAAACAUCUGAGGCUCGAGGCGAUCGCGAGCACCAUCAUCGGAACUGCCAGGACGCUAGGCGUACAAGUGGUCCCGUAAUCCGGAGCAAAUCUAUAUUGCAGCGAGGCGCAGAGAAGAGCGCGGUACAUGUAGUGCGAUCGCGUACCUGAGGGGGACGAGCGGGGAGGAUUAAAGCGUAGAGGUCGCUAGUCACGUAUGGACUUACCUCGCCGUUUCCCCCGCACGGGCCGGCAGUUGAUAGGUGUGAGCAUCUUCGGGGCAGCGCUGGCCGGUUCGGAUGAGCGCGUCUAGAUGAUCAGGUUCCUUGACGUUCGUUACAAGGUUCAGUAUUAUGGGAUAUUAGGUUAAGCUCCAAGAUGGGUCAUGUUGUGCGACCC